GUGGCAGCAGCAAGAGCGAACGAGGGAGGAGAGAGGGGGAGGAAGGAGCCGCGUGUCCGGGGCGGUAAUAGUGGCGCGUGCCGGCGGCUGCCCGGACGAUGACGCCCCAGCAGUCGUGAGCGCAGCGCCGCUCACUGCUGGAGGAGUGAGGAGCGCCGCCACAAUGGUGGAUAACAAUUGCAUUAUCGAGGGUAAUGUCAAGUUCCGCGAUGGCAAGAAGUGGAAAUCACGAUGGUGCGUCAUGCGGAAGCUGUCCCCAGUUGCAGACUGCCUGCAUCUGCAGCUCUACGGGGACAGUAAGGAUAGGUACAAACAGGGUCAGACGAAAGCGUCAUUGAGCUUACAACAUUUUCUCGGGGUACAAAGCGCCUUCACUUUGGACAAAGAAUCCAACACAAUUGCAAUAAUCUGUCAAGAUGUGACUGUCGUACUCGCCUUUGACACGCGAGAGAGGCUGAUACAGUGGCAGGUCAAGAUAUCCAAUAAUUUGGGCGAAGAUCAGCAGUUCCUGAUCCUCAUCUCGAGCGCCCCGGUGAGAGCGAAGCUGAGUACCGGGCCGGCACACCUCCACGUGCAGGAGCACCGGUUCUGCAUGACAGUCGGGGUGCCACCCCGGCUCAUCGGCACCUGGGAGAUCGGCCAACUGCGUCGAUACGGCGUCGUCGAGGGCCGCUUCUGCUUCGAGGGUGGCUCGCGCUGCGGCCGUGGCGAGGGCCUUCACGUGCUCAUAAGCGAUCAGGGCGACGAGAUCGUGCGUGCCCUCCAGCUCGCGGCCGAGGGCAAGCUCUCGACGAGGAAGCGGUCGCUCCCCGCCCUUAGCUGCCAGGAGAGCCCCCGUCGGCAGGUCUCCCGCUCGGACACCCGGGCGAGCGAUCUCCUGCACCAGUUUGACGAGCGCUGCGACGGCGGCUUCAAGACCGACGGGUCCUCCUCCUACUGGUCAUCGACGGAGAGUCGCCAGGAGGCCGAGAGCGAGGACUCGCGCUCCUUGGUCUCGGAGCUGGCGGAGCAGGGGGGCGUGGCCGCCGAUUGGCGGAGCUGCUCUUUGUCGAGGCAGCACGGGACCGCGGCGUGCCUCGAGCGUUGCUCGAGCUGCAUCGGCAAACUCGGCGCCAUGUCCAAGUCGUCGACGGGCUCGAACAACCUCGGCCAGCUGGGCUACCUUGGCCACCUGCAGCCGCGCGCGGCAGACCGGAUCUCCCUCUCCUCCUACAGCGGUAGCAGUCAGGAUGGGAGCGACUAUUCGGGGAUCGGGCAGCCCGGUGAAUGUCGCUGCUCACCCCAACCUCAGUCCCAGUCUCAGUCCCAGCCCCAGGCCCAGUCUCAGUCCCAGUCUCAAGCUCAAUCCCAGCAGCCGCCGCUGCAGCCGACGCCACAACAGAAGGCGACGCCGGCGGUCGGGCCGCGACGCCACUCGCCGAGUCCCCUUGCGCUGCCGCCGAGGCCGCCCAAGCCGAGUCAAGCCGGCCCGAGGAAGGCCAAGAAGCCACCGAUGCCACUUCCCGCGGAUUUUCCGCAGCUCUGCUCUUGCACCCGCAAGCCCGCACCGAGCCCACCAAGAAACGGUGGGGCCAUUUACGAAAAUUACGAUAUCCCAAAGACGAUUCUGGCCCAUCACAUUUCGCUGGCACAGUCACAGCAGCCGUUAGCCGACCAGUACUACGACACCCCGCGAAAAAUUAAAGAAUUUCUUGGGCUACCAAAAGCCUAUCCCAAUUACGACACGCCUCACGUACCCCAGGCCGUGGUGCUGCAGCAGUGCGGUUGCCCAGCGAAACUGACGCCACAAGCGCCCAAGAGCUUAGCCUGUCCUUGUCACAACGUCAUGAGCUGGGCCGGUUUUGUCCUUCCUUAUUGUCGACGAGGUGCCGGGAUCGAGCCCACGGGUAUCAGCGUCAAGCCGAUUAGGCUGUCGGGCGAGGGCAAGAUGCCCGUGGUGAACGCCAGUGGCCAGCUGGCCAUAUACAAUUCCACGCGCAACGACGCCAGCGUGGAAUCUAGUCAAAGCUUGGGCAAUGCUGGCGCCUGCCCGAUUCACCAGCCCCAGGAGAGCGUCAAGGGCGGCAAUUAUGAGAACGUCGAGCCGGUUAUCGAUACUCAGCCGGAGGCCAAAUCCGGUAAUUACGCGAACAUCGACUUCACCACGUCCCUCGGCAAUUACGAAAACAGCAAGGAGCUGCUUUCCAAGGUCGGGCUGCAUUCCGGUGGCAUGGCACGCGAGGCUGGUCGCGAGCUCGCGAAGGGUGAAGUGGAGGAGGAGGCGAGGGUCGAAGACGAGCAUCGAAACGGGGAUGUUGAUAAGGGGGAUACCCUGGUUUGUCAGAAGUGCGGCCACUUGAAGAAGGCCAGUGAGAAUUAUUUGGUCGUCGACGAGGAUAACGAGGGACCGAGGAAGCCGAUUCCCGGCUACUUGCCGAUGCAACCCGCGCACAACGCCUGCUCCAAGGAGGUGCUCUCGCGGCUCUGCAGCGGCAUCAAAAGCUCGAGUAAUCCGGCCCUGUCGGGCUUGUCGCCCCUCGAAAUCGGCAGGAAGCGAUCCGAGUCGGAGUAUCGUGUCCCGGGCUCGGCGAUGCUCUCCAGUCCGUACUUCCGUCGCCGUCUUCUGGAAAUGUCGAGUUCCGAGGCCGGGGGCAGCUUGGGCAUGCUUCUGCGAAAGAGGUCGUACUCCGUGGAGUCGGCUCAUUAUCUGGACGACGAGAAAGACACGUUUACGCCGAACGUGCCGAUCCACAAGUGUCCCAGCGAUACCGAUAAGGCUUUGGUGAGCAACGAGCUACUCGCCGACUCCGAGACGGAGACGAACGGCAGCCCCGGCGCCCUCUCGCUCUCUCCGCAGCCCCUAUCUUCCAUUAAGAUCCGGAGAUCGUCGUCGGUGCCGUCGAAAGCCGGCCACAAUCGCGACUCAUCGAGCAGCAAUGACUCAGGCGUCUCGACGGGCUCGCUAAGCCAUCGAACCGCCGAGUUCGUCGAGUUUGAAUUCCCAACGGCGCCGACCAAUACGUUGGUUAAGAAGCAAAGCAUAGCAUUGAUGUAUCGCAAGAGUCCGCCACCCGCGUGCUUUCAUAAUAGCCUGCCAAGAAAGUCCAAAUCCAGCGAUCCCUUGCGAGAGCUGACUUUCCAAUUUCACAGGACCAAAUUGCCAACGAAAUCGUCGUCCGCCGAGGCCGACAUACCGACUUGCUUACCAACGAAGGGAUCGAAGGAAUUUAAUAGUCCCGGGGAAGUGACCAACGUACCGUACAUCGAUUCCCGAAGUACGAGUAGUGGCACCUCCGACAUGUCCGACUACAUUGAAACUCUAUCUCUGUCUUCGCACUCUUCUUCCGAUGCUCCUGAUAAUCUUAGAAUUAGCGGAAGAGCCGUAACGACAACUUUGCGUCCACGCAGUGGCAAGGAGUAUUACAAAAUUGAUCGGAGUAUACUGGUGGAGCAGGGUCGCACUAUUAGCAGCUCCUCGAAUUACGCCAACGUUACACCAUUCGUCAGAAAGGAGACUCACCGUCAUCCGAUAACAUGAGCUGUAAGGCUGUAGAGUUGUUCAAAAUUGCAAAUUGAGCUCGAGUAGUCGAGUCGGGCCAACUGAAAAUGUCGGAUUAAUCGAGAAUCCACGAGUUAUCCGAAUAACUUUGGAUUAUUUAAUAAUUAAGUUGAAAGUCUUGAGAACUUCAGGUUUGAAGGCAACACAAUCACCUCUAACAAUCUUAUUAGGCAAGAAUAAAAAUGAGCCAUUUUUAUAGAUUCUUUUUCCCAACGAUUAUUGUAAAGCGUAGAAGUUCGAGAUCAGUGCAUUCAAAUGCUAUUUGAUUUUUUUAUUAGUAUACGAUAUUUUGUCUAUUUAUAUAGCCAAAAUGCAAGAGUCGAGACACGUAACAAUUUAUUAAGUAGUUGUAAGAUACAUCGAAAUUUUUACCGCCGAACUUGCUAAUAAAUAAUAAUCUUUAUGUGCAAAUUCAAUAAAAUCAGCUAUUUCGAGGCUACGCUAUGCUUGGCUAAUUAAAUUUAUGAAUGCAAGCGUUUUUACGCUUUAAAUCGCGCAAAUAUCUAUUCGAUUCAGCUCCUUCCUGAUUUUAAAACAAAAAUAAACGAACGAAUGAAAGAACGAACGCACAAACAAAGCAAAAAGGAAAAAAAAUAAUCGAAAAUUCUUCAUUGGCCGUGAAAUCAAAGUCAUUGGCUAAUUCCUACUUUAACUGUAAAGAAACGAACGCCUUUAUUUUAUGAAUCAAACAAACAAACAAGACUUGA